AUGGGUGCCGCUAUGCUGUCUGCGUUCACCUUCACCCAGACGCGUACAUCGCUCACCGAGGUAAGUUGCAGUUAAUCCUUUUGUUCCCUGCUCUGCCGCUUUGUCUCACGCCUUUGCGUUGGCAUGCAAACUCCUGGUUGAAAUUCGCGCAAUUUCAAGUUUCCAGUUUGCAGUGGGAACGCAAAAAAGUCAUCUUUAACCUUCUGUAUUAUUGUCGUUUAUGCAACUUCAGCUCCUGCUCACGGCCCUCUCCAUAAUGCAAUCAGCUGGACCGGGAAGCUCUGCGAACAAGUUACCCACCAGCCAACUCCUGCUCAUUCUGUCCGACGGUGUAUUCUCCGAGGACCCACAAAGCGCCACGCUGCAGGCUGCAGUACGGAUGGCCCGUGAUGCGCAUCUCUUCGUUGUCUGCAUAAUCAUUGACGAUGCCAGGAAGAAGGUACGAGCACGCAUGCUUUUGUGCCGUAUUUUUUUCUGUUGGGAUCGGAUGGUGACUUAAGGAGAGCUGGUUUGUAAUUACUGGAUGACCUGAAUGCCCUGUUUUUGUCUUCUCUUUUUGUGGGGCUUAAGUUGGGCGCUGUCAGUCAACCCUCUCCAGGUUCACCUGCAGGGCUAUGAAAGCGGGCGUAUUAAUGCAGUUGGGACAGCACCUGUGGGCCAGAGUUUUACAGCUGCUGCAUCACCUGCCCCAUACCUUGCCUCGAAGCCACAAACACCGCACGGGUCUUCGGAAUUCCGGACCUCUGCGUGAUGUACUGAAGGGGUUUUGCCACUUUCAGAUACUCGAUGUCUUUCGGGUUAGAUUAGGCGCGCACGCUCCCAUCUGGGUGCCGAAUGCGCUGGUGAGAUUAGCAUCCGCAAGUGCGUGCUUACUGCAGUCCUGCUGGCCUUUUAAGUGUUAUCCGUUAGAGUCAAUAAUUUUACCUUUGCGUCGAUAUCAUGCGGCUGGCAGCCCACCUGCCUCCCCCCGUUCCCUCCUCCCUCACGUAUCUGCACCCCUUUCAGCACUCAAUAUUUGAUCUUCGGAGGUAUGCCGGUCCUGGCCGCCUGUUGCCAUACAUGGACGUCUUUCCCCUGCCCUACUACCUCGUUCUGCGCGACGUGACUGCCCUGCCUCAACUACUCGCGGACGCUUUACGCCAGUGGUUCGAACUGGCGUCAGCCUCCUAA